CGUACCCGAAGCCCAACCCCCAAGGCUUCUUCAGCCACGUCUGGGACGCGCUCAACGACGUCUUACUCAUCGUGCUCCUCGUCUGCGCCGCCGUCUCCAUCGGCUUCGGCAUCAAGGCGCACGGUCUCAAGGACGGCUGGUACGACGGCGUCACCAUGUUACUCGCGGUGUUCCUCAUCGCCGUCAUGUCUGCCGCCAACAGCCACAGCCAGGCCAAACGGUUCGACCAGGUGACCAGCGAGUCCGACAACAUCGCUGUCACCGUCGUACGCGCCGCCCGGCGACAGGAGGUCCCCAUAUUCGACAUCGUCGUCGGCGACGUCGUCAUACUGAAGAUCGGCGACUCGGUACCGGCGGACGGCGUCUUCCUGGAGGGUCACAGCCUGCUGGUGGACGAGUCGAACAUGACAGGCGAGUCCCACCCGAUCGAGAUAGAUGCCGAGAAGAACCCUUUCCUCACCGCCGGCGUGAAGAUCAUGGACGGCUACGGCCGAAUGCUCGUCACCGCCGUCGGCGCCGACACCUUGAGGGGUGAGAUGAUGAGCAGCAUCACCAAGGAGACCAUUGAGCAGACGCCGCUCCAGAAACGCCUGGAGGGCCUCACAUCGAGCAUCGGCAAGAUCGGUGUCGCCGUCGGGGCGCUCGUCUUCACCGUGCUCACCGCGCGCCACUUCGACCAUGGGGAACCGCCGUUCGGGAAGGGCCAGGUCAUCUUCGACGCCGUCUUCCGGUCGCUUGUCGUCGCCUACGCCAUGCCCGAGGGACUCCCGCUUGCGGUCACGCUGUCACUCGCAUACUCCAUGAGGAAGAUCGUGAAAGAUAAGGCGUUAGUGCGCCGCCUGUCGGCGUGCGAGACAAUGGCAUCGGUCACGGCCAUCUGCACCGACAAGACGGGAACGCUCACGCUCAACCAAAUGAAGGUGAAUGAGUUCUGGGUCGGUACUGACCAGCCUGGAGCUGCCAUGAAGAUCGCCGGGAGCGUCAUGAGCUUGCUGUGCCAGGGAGUUGGGCUUAACACCACUGGAAUCGUGUACAAGCCGGACAUCGUGUCGCCGCCGGAGAUAACAGGCAGCUCGACGGAGAAGGCGCUGCUGUCGUGGGCCGUGGCGGACCUGGGCAUGGACAGUGAGGAGUUGAAGAGGAGCUGCAAGGUGGUGCGCGUCGAGGCGUUCAAUUCCGACAAGAAGCGCAGCAGAGUUAUGAUCAGGGACAAGGCCACCGGCGCGGUGAUGGCGCACUGGAAAGGCGACGCGCAGAUGGUGCUGGCGAACUGCUCUACCUACGUGGAUAUAGACGGAGCGGCGCGUGAACUCGGCGACGAGCAGAGGAAGAGCCUUGAGAAGGUGAUCGACGGCAUGUCGGCCGACAGCCUCCGGUGCAUCGCCUUCGCCUGCAAGCAAGUCAACGGCACCGAGCAAUCAAAGAUCGACGACGAGGGUCUGACGUUGCUGGGCUUCGUCGGGUUGAAAGAUCCGUGCCGGCCGGAGGUCAAGGCCGGCAUUGAAGCUUGCACGAAGGCCGGCAUUGCUGUCAAGAUGGUCACCGGCGACAACAUCCUCACGGCCCGCGCGAUCGCCAAGGAGUGCGGCAUCAUAUCCAGCGACGACAACCCCAAUGGCAUCGUCAUCGAGGGGCGUGAAUUCCGCGCCAUGUCGACAAGGGAGCAGCUCAAGAACGUGGACAACAUCCGCGUGAUGGCGCGGUCCCUGCCGUCGGACAAGCUGGCGCUGGUGCAACGGUUGAAGGAGAAGGGCCACGUGGUGGCCGUGACCGGUGGCAGCACCAACGACGCGCUGGCGCUCAAGGAAGCCGACAUCGGGUUAUCCAUGGGCGUCCAGGGCACCGAGGUGGCAAAGGAGAGUUCUGACAUCAUCAUCCUCAAUGACGAAUUUGACACGGUGGUGGCUGUCACACGGUGGGGACGCUGUGUCUACAACAACAUCCAGAAGAUCAUCCAGUUUGAGCUCACCGUCAACGUCGCGGCUCUCAUCAUCAACUUCAUCUCGGCGAUCACCACGGGCAAGAUGCCGCUCACCACAGGGCAGCUCUUGUGGGUGAACCUGAUAAUGGACACCAUGGGCGCUCUGGCGCUGGCCACGGGCACGCCCACAAAGGCGCUCAUGGAGAACCGUCCGCCCAUUGGCCGCACGGCGCCGCUCAUCACCAACGCAAUGUGGCGCAACCUAGCGGUGCAGGCGGCGUUCCAGGUCGCCGUGCUGUUGGUGCUCCAGUUCCGCGGCCGGGAUCUCUUCGGCGCGGAUGAGAAGGCCAACGGCACCAUGAUCUUCAACACGUUCGUGCUCUUGCAGGUGUUCAACGAGUUCAACGCGCGUGAGAUCGAGAAGAAGAACGUCUUUGACGGGUUGCUCAAGAACAGGAUGUUCCUGGUCAUCAUCGCCAUGACGCUUGUUCUACAGGUGGUUACAAUGGAGGUGCUGACAUGGUUCGCCGGCACCAAGAGGCUGGCAUUGGAACAGUGGGGUGUUUGCCUCGCCAUCUCUGCCAUGUCGUGGCCCAUCGGGUGGGCCGUCAAGUUCCUCCCAGUGCCGGACCGGACUUGACACGCCGCAGAUUGUCAUAGUUGGCACUCCCUCCGUACCGGUGCAUCAGACAUCUUUUUUGGUGGUGCACCGCGACUAGAACGGAGAAAAAAACGAGAAACUAUGUUUAUUAGCUAAUUAGUAGUAAGCUCGCACGUCUAAAAUAUUGAUGAAGUUAGUUUACAUGCUACAAAUUUAAAAUAAUUCUUGGAAAUAAAUAUAAAUG